AUGUGGGCAUCUUGGGCGCCCGGACUGUGGCUGCUUGGUCUCUGGACCACCUGCAGCCAUGGAGCGCAUACAGGUGAGCAGUGCCCACCUUCGCAGCAGGAAGGGCUGAAAUUGGAACACAGCAGUGACUUAUCAUCCAAUGUGACAGGCUUCAACCUCAUCCGCCGACUCAACCUCAUGAAGACGUCUGCCAUCAAGAAGAUCCGAAACCCCAAGGGGCCUCUCAUUCUGAGGCUGGGGGCAGCCCCACUAACCCAGCCCAUGCGGCGAGUAUUCCCUCGGGGCCUCCCGGAUGAAUUUGCCUUGGUGCUGACACUAAUGCUGAAGAAACACACUCACCAGAAUACGUGGUAUUUGUUUCAAGUGACUGAUGGAGACGGCUACCCACAGAUUUCCCUGGAAGUUAACAGCCAAGAGCGGAGCCUAGAGCUUCGGGCCCAGGGCCAAGAUGGCGACUUCGUGUCCUGCAUCUUCCCAGUGCCCCAGCUCUUCGACCUGCGCUGGCACAAGCUGAUGCUGAGUGUGGCUGGGCGUGUGGUCUCUGUACAUGUGGACUGUACCUCAGUUUCCUCCCAGCCCCUGGGGCCCCGGCGACCCUUGCGGCCUGUGGGCCAUGUAUUUCUGGGCCUGGAUGCUGAGCAGGGGAAGCCCGUCUCUUUUGACCUUCAGCAGGCACAUGUCUACUGCGAUCCAGAGCUUGUGCUGGAGGAGGGCUGCUGUGAGAUUUCACCCGAAGGGUGUCCUCCAGAGACUUCCAAGGCCCGCCGGGAUACCCAGAGCAACGAGCUCAUCGAGAUCAAUCCGCAGACUGAGGGCAAGGUCUACACCCGCUGCUUCUGCCUGGAAGAACCACAAAACAGCAAGGUGGAUGCCCAGCUGUCGGGAAGAAUCAGCCAGAAGGCAGAAAGGGGAGCUAAGGCCCAUCGGGAGUCAGCAGCUGAUGAGUGUCCACCCUGUAUCCAUGGUGCCCGGGAGAGCAAUGUCUCUCUUGGCCCUUCAGGUCCCAAGGGAGGGAAAGGUGAACGGGGCCUGCCUGGUCCAUCAGGCUACAAGGGAGAGAAGGGAGCUCGGGGUAAUGACUGUAUUAGAAUCUCUCCGGAUGCCCCGCUUCAGUGUGCAGAAGGUCCAAAGGGAGAGAAGGGAGAGUCAGGAACCUUGGGACCCUCAGGACUCCAGGGCUCAACAGGCCAGAAGGGCCAGAAAGGCGAGAAGGGAGACGGAGGCACUAAGGGCUUGCCGGGGAAGGCAGGCCGAGAUGGCCGGCCUGGAGAGAUCUGUGUCAUUGGGCCCAAAGGGCAGAAGGGAGACCCUGGUUUUGUUGGUCCUGAGGGACUGGCUGGGGAGCCUGGGCCCCCUGGCUUCCCUGGGCCCCCUGGGAUAGGACUGCCGGGGACUCCAGGGGACCCGGGUGGCCCACCAGGCUCUAAGGGAGAUAAGGGCAGCUCCGGGACACCUGGAAAGGAAGGUCCUGGUGGAAAACCUGGGAGACCAGGGGUGCCAGGGCUGAAGGGAGAAAAGGGUGACCCUUGUGAAAUAUGCCCAACGCUGCCUGAAGGGUUACAAAACUUUGUGGGGCUGCCUGGAAAGCCGGGACCCAAGGGAGAACCAGGCGAUUCUGCACUAACCUGGGGAGACCCUGGCAUCCAAGGCAUCAAAGGAGAAAAGGGGGAGUCCUGCUCAUCCUGCAACUUAGGUGUGGAGGCCCAGCAUUCUAGACCCUCUGCGGGGGAUGUGGGCUCCCCUGGCUCUGACUUGCGUGGUCCUCCGGGGAAAGUUGGCGCUCCAGGACCAACAGGGCUGAAAGGAGAGAAGGGAAACUUCGGGGACACAGGGCCUGCUGGAAGUCCAGGGCUACCAGGGACCAUGGGACCAGCAGGCACCAAAGGGGAGAAGGGGGAGCCUUGUGAGCCAUGUCCAGUCUUGUCUAAGUCUCAGGAUGGAAACAGCCAUGUGGUGGCCUUGCCUGGCCCACCCGGAGAGAAGGGAGAGACUGGGCCUCCAGGCCUCAGCCUGCCAGGAAAACCGGGCAAGGCAGGAGAGCGAGGAAUGAAGGGACAGAAGGGGGAUGCUGGGAAUCCUGGAGACCCUGGAAUCCCGGGCACUACAGGGCAGCCAGGACUGUCUGGAGAACCUGGGGUCCGUGGCCUAACAGGGCCAAAAGGAGACAAGGGUGAUAGCUGCACUGCCUGCCCCAGCCUGCAGGGGGCGAUGACUGACAUGGCCGGACAACCUGGGAAGCCAGGCCCCAAGGGAGAGCCAGGCCCUGAAGGUGUGGGCAGGCCUGGUAAACCGGGCCUGCCUGGUCUACCUGGAGUUCAAGGACGCCCAGGACUGAAGGGGACACAGGGAGAGCCAGGACUUCCAGGAACAGAAGUCCAGGGGCCCCAGGGAGAGCCUGGAGUCCAAGGCGUGCCUGGUAUUCAGGGUCUGUAGGGGCCUCGAGGACCACCUGGCCCCACUGGAGAGAAGGGUGCUAAGGGACCUCCAGGGGUGAAAGGAGCCACUGGACCUGCUGGACCGCCUGGUGCCAGUGUCUCUGGGCCUCCGGGACGUGAUGGGCAACAAGGACAGAGUGGGCUUCCAGGGGCCAAAGGAAUGCAGGGUGAAAAGGGAUCUCCAGGAGAGAAGGGUGAAGCAGGGGAAUGCUCCUGCCCUUCUCGGGGAGACCCCAUCUUCUCUGGCAUGCCGGGUGCUCCGGGACUUUGGAUGGGCAGCUCCUGGCAGCCGGGUCCGCAGGGUCCCCCAGGUGUUCCUGGACCACCCGGCCCCCCUGGAAUGCCUGGAAUACAGGGAAUUCCUGGAAACAACGGUUUGCCAGGACAGCCUGGGCUUACUGCAGAAGUGGGAUCCUUGCCAAUUGAACAGCAACUCCUUAAGAGCAUCUGUGGGGAUUGUGCCCAAGGGCAGAUGGCCCGCCCAGUGUCCGUACUGGAGAAAGGGGAGAAGGGAGACCAGGGCAUUCCCGGAGUGCCAGGCCUGGACAACUGUGCUCGGUGCUUCAUUGAGCGGGAGCGCCCCAGAGCUGAGGAGGCUCGGGGGGACAACAACGAGGGAGAGCCAGGAUGCCCUGGGAGCUCUGGCCUGCCUGGUCCUCCAGGUCUGCCAGGCCAGAGAGGAGAAGAGGGUCCACCUGGAGUGAGGGGCUCCCCGGGCCCUCCAGGCCCUAUUGGCCCCCCAGGUUUUCCUGGUGCCGUUGGCUCCCCCGGAUUGCCUGGUCUUCAAGGAGAGCGAGGCCUCAUGGGCCUGACAGGAGACAAGGGCGAACCGGGUCCUCCAGGGCAGCCAGGUUACCCAGGUGCCAUGGGCCCUCCGGGACUGCCUGGCAUCAAGGGGGAGCGGGGAUACGUGGGGCCCUCAGGAGAGAAGGGAGAAUCGGGUCCCCCAGGAUCUGAAGGCGUUCCAGGUCCCCAAGGUCCCGCGGGUCCCCGAGGUGAGCGAGGACCUCAAGGCAACUCGGGAGAGAAGGGCGACCAGGGAUUUCAAGGCCAGCCGGGAUUUCCAGGCCCACCGGGUCCCCCGGGAUUCCCAGGCAAGGCUGGAGCACCUGGCCCACCUGGGCCCCAAGCAGAGAAGGGCAGCGAAGGGAUUCGAGGCCCAUCAGGCAUGCCUGGCUCUCCUGGGCCACCAGGACCUCCUGGGAUUCAGGGCCCUGCCGGCUUGGAUGGUCUUGAUGGAAAGGAUGGCAAGCCUGGCUUGAGGGGGGACCCUGGUCUCGCUGGCCCCCCUGGACUCAUGGGACCUCCGGGCUUCAAAGGGAAAACAGGGCAUCCUGGCCUUCCAGGACCUAAGGGUGAGUGUGGUAAACCAGGUCCCCCUGGCAGCAGUGGCCGGCCUGGAGCAGAGGGUGAGCCUGGUGCCAUGGGACCCCAGGGAAGACCCGGCCCCCCAGGCCAUCUCGGACCACCAGGGCCUCCAGGCCAGCCAGGGCCAGCUGGGAUCUCAGCAGUGGGUCUGAAAGGAGACAGAGGAGCCACUGGAGAAAGAGGCCUUGCAGGCAUUCCGGGGCAGCCGGGCUCACCUGGACACCCUGGUCCCCCGGGCGAGCCUGGCACAGAAGGUGCAGCUGGAAAAGAGGGACCCCCUGGAAAACAGGGACUCUAUGGACCUCCGGGUCCAAAGGGUGAUCCAGGGCCUUCAGGGCAGAAGGGCCAGGCAGGAGAGAAGGGGAGAGCUGGCAUGCCUGGAGGGCCUGGGAAGAGUGGCUCCAUGGGACCUGUUGGACCACCCGGUCCUGCUGGAGAGAGAGGUCACCCUGGAUCUCCGGGGCCAACGGGAAACCCUGGAUUGCCUGGUGUGCCUGGCUCUAUGGGAGACAUGGUGAAUUACGAUGAAAUCAAGAGGUUCAUCAGACAAGAGAUCAUUAAAAUGUUUGAUGAGAGGAUGACUUACUACACCUCCAGGAUGCAGUUCCCCGUGGAGAUGGCUGCAGCGCCAGGAAGACCAGGGCCCCCUGGGAAGGACGGUGUCCCCGGCCGGCCUGGCGCUCCAGGAUCCCCUGGGCUCCCUGGUCAGAUUGGCAGAGAAGGACGGCAGGGAUUGCCAGGAAUGAGAGGAUUGCCUGGUACCAAAGGUGAAAAGGGAGACAUUGGUGUUGGCAUUGCAGGAGAAAGUGGUCUCCCUGGCCCCCCAGGACCCCAGGGUCCUCCAGGGUAUGGCAAGAUGGGUGCAACUGGACCAAUGGGCCAGCAAGGCAUCCCUGGCAUCCCUGGGCCCCCAGGUCCCAUGGGCCAGCCGGGCAAGACUGGCCACUGUAACCCCUCUGACUGUUUUGGGGCCAUGCCAGUGGAACAGCAGUACCCACCCAUGAAAAACAUGAAGGGGCCUUUUGGCUGA